UGUGUGUGUUUGUGUGUCUUAAAGUCCACCGCUGGAGGCGUCGCGUAGCAGACUGCUCCUGAAAUGCUCCAAGUGUGGUGUGAUCUCAAGUACAGCUAUGUCCAGCUCUACAGCCAGCAGCGCCAUGGCAUCCCUGUGGAGUUCCUGUGUAGUUCUCCCUCUGCUGGCUCUGACUUGGAUGUCUGCUGUGUUGGCCAUCACCGACCGCCGCUCACACUGUUCCAGGUCCUGUUUGCUGUCUUUGACUCUGUCCAGGGCUUCGUCAUCAUUACUGUGCACUGUGUCAUGCGCCGCGAGGUCCAGGACGCAGUGCGCUGUCGGAUAGGGGGAUGUAAAGAUGACAGCGAGAACUCACCGGACUCAUGCAAGAAUGGACAGGUGCAGAUCAUGAAGUCUCAGAACAUGUCCUACUGCGGGCAGCAGUGUGGCUCUCUGCGCUACAGCACUGGCACUGGAGCUUCUCCCUGCCCGUCAUCGUCAUGCCAACAACAGUCACCAUGCCUGCCACCAUUCCACCCUCACCAGGGCUGUCAACACGGCUGCCAACAAGGCUGUUACCACAGCCUGCCCCACAACAACCACAUGAACCAUGAGCACAUGAACCACACCCUCAACCAUGCCCAUAACCAAGCUUACAACCACAACCAUGGACAUAACCACAACCAGUACCCCAACAGCAAAUCAGUAUGUCAAUCACAGUAGAUAGAUACUAUGUUCUAAAGUAGCCAAUGCUGUGUGUAGCCAUAUAGAACAUCUGGUACAUUAGCCACCAGGUUUCCAACUAUGGUUCCCAAGUUGUGGAUAUACCCCUUGUAGUCAAGGAAAUGGCUUUCAAUUUAUUUAAUAAAAAUGUUAUUAGCCUGCAAAAACAACUAAUGUUGAUUUAUGGUCCG